AUGGGACAGUCUAAUCGAAGUAAACAGCAAAAAAAGAUAUUCGUGGUAGCCACUGGCCUACUCAUGUUGUUUAACAGCGUAUUCGACUCGACUAUUCCCAGCGGCGGCAUUCGCUUCAUCGCGGACGGUCUGCUUGUCCAUGACGAAACACAAUUGGUAUUACCCACGUCUGUCUAUCUCCUCGGUUAUGUGACCGGACCGCUUGCAUUUGGCCCGUUGAGCGAAAUCUAUGGCCGGCGCAUCGUGCUGGUAGGAAGCUACGUCCUGUUUACCAUCUUCACGUUAGCAUGCGCCAUUUCCCCCAACUGGCCCGCGUUAAUCAUCUUUCGCACACUAUGUGGCAUCUGCGCAUCGAGCCCAAUUGCAGUAACAGGGGGCCUUUUUGCCGACGUGUAUCGCUCCCCUCUAGCUCGUGGGCGGACAAUGGCGCUGGCAAUGGCUGUGACGACCGCAGGGCCGCAAUUUGCUCCGUUGGUAGCCGGAUUUAUCGGUCCGGUCGGAUGGAGGUGGAUUUUCUGGAUAUCACUGAUCAUUGCCGGUGUCACUCUUAUCCCUGUUUGGUUCCUUCCAGAGACUUUUCAACCAGUGCUUGAGCAGAAGAGAGAGAAACGGGCAAAUGACGUGGUCACCAAGGCACUGACACGGCCACUCUACAUGCUCUUCUGCGAGCCGAUCAUUUCUUUGACCUGUCUCUACCUCUCCUAUGCCAGUGCAAUCUUCUUCAUGUACUUCGAGGCGUAUCCCUUGGUAUUUCAAGGUGUAUAUGGCAUGAUUGAUGGAAUUGCUGGCUUAGCAUUUAUUCCGAUCUCCGUCGGGGCUUGCAUCGGGUUGGCCAUUUUCUUGUGGUAUGACUCUUUCCUCCAGAGCGCAAAAGCGCGGAAGGCUCGUUGGUCCACAAUCGAGGAAUACCAACGACUACCUCUGGCGUGUCUCGGGGGGCCGUUGUAUGUGCUAUCCUUAUUCUGGCUAGGCUGGACUGCCUCCGUAGAUAUCCACUGGAUUGUGCCUAUGCUGGCGGGCAUACCGUUUGGGAUGGCAUUUUUCCUCAUCUUUGUCGCUCUCAUCAAUUAUCUGGUUGACGCUUAUCACGAAUAUGCCGCCAGUGCCAUGGCAGCAGCUAGCUGUUGUCGCAGUGUUUUUGGGGCAGUACUGCCACUUGCGUCCACUCCCAUGUUUCGUCACCUUGGAAUCGCUUGGGGUUGUAGUCUUCUAGGGUUCCUGAGCCUACUGAUGACUUUGAUCCCAUUUGUCUUCAUCCGGUACGGGGGCUGGAUCCGAGCAAGAAGCAGAUUUCAAUAG